AUGGCAGACGCCAGACCAGGCAAAUCAUCAAUGGCCUCACUUGUAUCAAGGCAGGCAUCCCCUCUUAUCACUCCAGCCACACUAGAAGGACCUUCCAAUGCACCUACAAAGUCACGCAAGGGUCCAACUCUGUCCAGAAAUCCUCUCGCAGCAAGAGGAUGCUACAAAACUCAAUCACCUGCACAGACAUCUCAUAGGCAACAAUGCCAGCAGCAGAUCUCAACCCCCAGCGCUCCAAAGAUUACUGGAGAUGUGACACAAGCAGUAGAGAGUUUAAUUCAGUGCCUUAUCACUGCCCCCGGCAGCACAGAUCCACACACACCUCCCAGAAGAGUCUUCACAGUCAUAGAUAACACCCUCAAGGCCCCUUCUAGCUCAGGCAGCUCAUGCAGCAAGGACUUUUUGGUGCCUAUCAAGGAUGAGCCUGACCCAAAGGGAAACAAAGGGUCAAGUUGGAGUCACCAUGUUACAACCAGGAAAGAAAUGACCGCUGUGAGUUAUUGA